CACAAAUAGCAAAAGUAACCAAACUUCAGAGAAGUGAAAACUGUCAAUUUUGUGAUAAAUCAAGAAACAAAUAAAGUUCUUAAAAUAAUUCCAUACGUUUUAAAAAUUUAAAGUUUUCACUUGUACCAGUUACUUGUAUAUAGAGUGUAAAUUUUUGUUAUGUUAUAGAAUAAUUGAAAAAUAUUUUGUGGCUCGAAGGAAAUGUCGAAUAAGAAUUCAAUGGGGACAGGAAACAAUCCAGGAGGUCUAAAACAAGUUUACAAUCUGGAUCAAAUAUGGGGUGACUUAAACACUGGGAUUAAACAGGUGUACGAAUGGCAGACCAUGCAAAGGUCCCGAUACAUGGAACUCUACACACACGUUUACAAUUACUGCACCUCUGUGCACCAACAAGCCCAACAAGCUAACAAACAAUCCAGCAACCCUCCAUCGAAAAACAAAAAAAAUGCAGGAGGUUGCGGGGCCCAACUUGUGGGACUUGAACUGUAUCAAAGGCUUAGGGAGUUUUUAAGGCAUUACUUAGUGUCUUUAUUAAGUGAUGGCAUGCAUCGAAUGGAUGAGGAUGUGUUGAAAUUCUACACAGUACAAUGGGAAGAAUAUCAGUUUAGUAGUAAGGUGCUCAAUGGAGUUUGCGCGUAUUUAAAUAGGCACUGGGUGAAAAGGGAGUGUGAGGAAGGUAGAAAAGGCAUUUACAUUAUUUAUCAGCUUGCUCUUGUGACUUGGAGGGACCAUUUAUUCAAACAACUAAACAAACAGGUUACUAAUGCCGUAUUAAAACUAAUUGAGAGAGAGAGAAACGGUGAGACUAUCAACACCCAUUUAGUUUCUGGAGUGAUAAAUUGCUAUGUCGAGUUGGGUUUAAAUGAGGAGGAACCAGGUGCCAAAGGGCCUAACUUGAGCGUGUACAAGGAAAAUUUCGAAAAUGUUUUUCUUGAGGAUACAGAGAGGUUUUAUACGUCUGAGAGUUCCAGGUUUUUGGUGGAAAAUCCUAUUACAGAGUACAUGAAGAAGGCCGAGCAAAGGCUGCUCGAGGAGCAACGCCGCGUGCAAAUCUACUUGCACGAGACCACCAAGGAGCGCUUGGCGAAGACGUGCGAGCGCGUCCUCAUCCAGAAGCACCUCGAGCUCUUCCAUUCCGAGUUCCAGCAGCUGCUCGACGCCGACAAGGACGCCGACCUGGGGCGCAUGUACUCGCUAGUGAGCCGCAUCCCGGACGGCCUGGGCGAGCUGCGCACGCUGCUCGAGCAGCACAUCGCCUCGCAGGGCCUGGCCGCCAUAGAGAAGUGCGGCGACAGCGCGAACAACGAUCCGAAAAUCUACGUGAACACGAUCCUGGAGGUGCACAAGAAGUACAACGCGCUGGUGCUCGUCGCGUUCAGCAACGACAGCGGCUUCGUGGCCGCCCUCGACAAGGCGUGCGGGCGUUUCAUCAACGCCAACGCCGUCACCAAGCACGCCAACUCCAGCAGCAAAUCGCCCGAGUUGCUCGCCAAGUACUGCGACCUCUUGCUGAAGAAGUCCAGCAAGAAUCCGGAGGAGGCCGAACUGGAGGACACCCUUAACCAAGUGAUGGUCGUGUUCAAAUAUAUCGAAGAUAAGGAUGUGUUCCAAAAGUUCUACAGCAAAAUGUUGGCCAAAAGAUUGGUGCAGCACAUGUCUGCUAGCGAUGACGCUGAGGCUUCAAUGAUCUCAAAAUUAAAGCAAGCCUGCGGGUUUGAAUAUACGUCCAAAUUACAAAGAAUGUUCCAAGAUAUUGGGGUUUCUAAAGACCUUAAUGAACAAUUUAGAAACCACCUAUCAAAUUCACAUGAGACUUUAGGAAUAGACUUUAGUAUUCAAGUGUUGUCCUCGGGAUCGUGGCCUUUCCAACAGUCCUUCACUUUUGGUUUGCCUUCUGAGCUCGAAAGAAGUGUACAUAGAUUUACCAACUUUUACUCAGGACAGCACUCAGGGAGGAAACUUAAUUGGUUGUAUAACAUGUCUAAAGGCGAACUGAACACGAACUGCUUCAAAAAUAGGUAUACUCUGCAAGCCAGCACGUUUCAAAUGGCCGUGCUGUUGCAGUUCAACGUUUCUGAAAACUGGACCAUCGCCCAGCUGGAAGAAAACACGCAAAUCAAAACGGAUUUUCUCAUUCAAGUCAUACAAAUCCUGCUUAAAGCCAAACUCAUCACUUGCGAGGACGACGAAAACGAUUUAAGUCCGAAUUCCGUCGUCAACCUGCAUUUAAAUUUCAAAAACAAAAAGCUUAGAGUGAAUAUAAACAUACCAAUGAAGACGGAACUGAAAAUGGAGCAGGAGACAACGCAUAAGCACAUAGAGGAGGACAGGAAAUUACUCAUACAGGCGGCGAUCGUGCGCAUAAUGAAGAUGCGCAAAGUUCUCAAGCACCAGCAACUGGUCGCUGAAGUUCUCAACCAGCUUUCGUCGAGAUUCAAGCCCAGAGUUCACGUUAUCAAGAAAUGUAUAGAUAUUCUAAUAGAAAAGGAGUAUCUGGAGCGGACUGAGGGGCAAAAGGACACUUACAGUUAUUUGGCAUGAUUCAAAUAAGUGUGGUUGUAAUAUUUAUUGACUUUAAUAAACAGGUUUGUGAUUGUGCAGAUUGUGGAAUGUAUACUUGUAAAUAUCUAGAAAUGUACUUGAUUCUUUAAGAAAAGCCAACUAAAAAACGGUUAAUAUACAUUUUUGAUAAUCCUCAUUUAUUUCGAGAUAUGAUUUUCCAGUCCAUGUAGAGGGUCCAACAAAUUUGUAUUUUUUUUUAAUAAUUUUGCGAAUCUUGCUUUUUAAUUGACAUGUGUAAUCGAAUUGUUUUUUUUAUUAUUGGUUACGUUUAAGCUAGGGACUAAUCCGUUUUUAUAUGCCAAAUAAUUUUAGUGCUAUAGUGCAAUAUUUUAUGUGUUAAGUAUUAAUACUAAUUUCUUAAGGUAGCUAAUUUUUUAUUGAUGUUGUUAAUUUUGGCAGUUUUGUUGGUCCCUUUACAAUAAAUAUUAAAUUGAAUGAAAUUACAAUGAGAAGCAUUAUACAAAUUAUUAAAAUACACUUUUUAUAUUUUAUCGCAUAUUCUUUGUUUAACGUUUUAACUUCUUUUGUGAUACUUUUUUGUGUAUUUGUAACUCACACAUUUCUCUUUCCAUGACUCAUUUUAGAUAUUUAUAGAAAAAAUGUUCAAAAUUUACAUGAAUAGUAUUGAAUAAUUCGGUUUUUGAAAUCUGCGUACUCUAAAUUAACAGUUGUCGUUUUUGACUGAAAUAUAUUCUAACCUGUUAAUUUUAGGUGUAUCUUUUUUAGGUUAAUUAACAACUUGUUUUUGUACAGUAGUUACUUUGAUUUUACCGAUUCUAAUUCUCAUCAUUUUGGUUUAUAUUAAUUAAUUUCUCAAACUGGCACGUUUGGAAGUCGCUGUAUUUUGUUAAUUAAAAAUUAAAAUCUGUUAAAAAUUCUUUAUUUAUUUUCAAGACAAUUUCUUACAAUAUAAUUU